AUGUUGUCGUUCGGAGUGAAUAUGGGUGCGAGUCGAUAUUCGUUUCCAUCGUUUGUUCCUACAAGAAGCUCAAAUUGCACACUGUCUUCAAGUUCUGUUUCGUUAGUUCCGAUUUUCGUCACAAGAGUUCCCGAAAAGCCUAAUUGCACCGUAAAACGUAUAUCAUGCCUUGCUGAUUCUGGAAAACCCGGUCAGAAUCCCAACUCAAACCCAAAUUCUCAACCCAAAGCCAAGCCUGCUCGGAAAACCAGGGCCCGUAUCCCCAAAGACCCCGAAAAGGAGGCCCAAAACUCAAAAAGCCCGUUCACAAUACCCAAAAAGCCGAGGAGGGGUCGGAGGGGCGAGGCGGCCGCAGUCGAGGAUUUCGUGCGCGGUUCCCUCGAACGGACUCUCGAGUCCAUCGGGAAGCAAAAUCCUGAAAUUCUAAAAAAUGUGGAAAACGCAAUAAAGGAAAAGGCAGAUGGUAAUUCGGGCUCCUCCGACAAAAACGAGAGUGACAGUGAUGAAGAUGAAGAUGAAGAAGUACUUGGCGAUUCAGGAGAAAAGGAGAUGGUGGUUGAUGAGGAGGAUCGUGAUUGGCCGUUGGAUGCUGAAGUCGGGUGGGGAAUUAGGGCCUCCGAUUAUUUCGAUAAGCACUCAAUAAAGAAUGUCGUGGGUGAAGACGGGGCCGAGAUCGACUGGGAGGGAGAGAUUGAAGAUGGGUUGGUGAAAGAGAUUAAUUGUCUCGAGUGGGAGAGAUUUGCUUUUCACCCGAGCCCGCUAAUCGUCCUCGUUUUCGAAAGAUACAACAGGGCAAGUGAUAACUGGAAGGUUCUAAAGGAGCUGGAAAAGGCAGCUGAGGUUUACUGGAAAGCAAAAGAUCGGUUGCCCCCUCGGACAAUCAAGAUAGACAUAAACAUCGAGAGGGAUUUGGCGUACGCUCUUAAGGUUAAAGAAUGCCCGCAGAUUUUGUUCUUUCGUGGGAACAAGAUGCUGUACAGAGAGAAAGACUUUAGAUCGGCAGACGAGCUGGUUCAGAUGAUUGCACAUUUCUAUUAUAAUGCGAAAAGGCCUUCGUGGAUAAAUGAUGCGUACCUCUCUUCACGUAAAUGA